GCAAUGGGGAAGCAACAGGCAGGGGUGUGAAGACAGGAACUGCAGGGCAGGCGAGUUGCAUGCAAAGAGCUGAGGAGCAGCAGUGGGCUAUAGAGUUUCCAGCCCACCUCUGUACUUUAUCACACUGAAAUCUGCAGCGUCUCUAGCAUGGAAUUGUAUAUUGAGCGUGGAGUGAGUGCAAAUGGCCAAUGAGUCGGGCAGACUCUGUGAAUCAAGAGUCGCAUCUGAGUUACAAUGGUGUAAAACUGGGUCUGGACCAAACCCCUAACAUGAAGCUCAUCAGAAGCCAUUAAGCAUCACCUGGUUUACACUGCACAAAGGUUGCAAAUUCAGGAGGCUCUGAGGGCUGGUUCCAGGCCCACCCUUCUGCUGAAGAUAAGAAAACAACUGGCCUCCUUCAUAACAGUCCUAACAGAGAGACAAGAAAUGAAGAGGCUACGGAGAUGAGCUCAUCUCUCAGCCCUUGAGUUCCAACUUGAUUCACUGUUCUUCAGCACCACCCGUCCUGAGCUUUUUAUAUGGUGUUGCUGUGCACUGCUACAGCUGCUGUUCCAUCUCAUUGGUGGUUGCAUUUCAGUGGAAUAGAAGAACGAUGGCUCUGGGGAGGAUCCAUGUGCCUUAUAAAUCUGGAAUGUCUGGAUGAUACUAGAACACAAGCUACUUGGCCUGACUGCCUGCCCUGAUCAGAAUAUCCCAACAUGGGAAGGAUCAGCAUCUCCUGUUUGUUUCCUGCUUCCUGGCACUUCAGCAUCUCCCCAGUGGGGUGUCCUCGUAUACUGAACACCACUUUGCGACAAAUUAUUGUCAUUGGUAUACUUGCUGCUGCCGGCUCCUUGCUUUAUUAUUCCCUUGUCAUCCGGAAUAAAUAUGGGCGUUUGUACAGGGAUAAAAAGUUUCACAGAUACCUUGCUCGAGUGACUGACACUGAAGCUACAGAUACUAGCAAUCCCAAUCUGAACUAUGGCAUCGUGGUAGACUGUGGCAGCAGCGGGUCUAGGAUCUUUGUGUAUUGUUGGCCAAGACACAAUGGCAACCCGCAUGAUCUGUUGGACAUCAAACAAAUGAGGGACAAAAACAGAAAACCAGUGGUUAUGAAAAUUAAACCAGGCAUUUCAGAGUUUGCUAGCUCUCCUGAAAGAGUCAGUGAUUAUAUUUCUCCACUUCUGAACUUCGCUGCAGAACACGUGCCCCGUGCAAAACACAAAGAAACUCCUCUCUAUAUCCUCUGUACUGCAGGGAUGAGAAUCCUGCCUGAGAGCCAGCAGAAGGCAAUACUAGAAGAUCUGCUCACUGAUAUUCCUGUGCAUUUUGAUUUUCUGUUUUCGGACUCUCAUGCAGAAGUUAUUUCAGGGAAACAGGAAGGAGUUUAUGCGUGGAUUGGCAUCAACUUUGUUUUGGGACGAUUUGAACAUAUUGAUGAUGAGGAUGAUGCAGUAGUGGAGGUGCAUAUCCCUACGAGUGAGAACAAAGAAGCCAUCAUUCGUAAGAGGACAGUGGGUAUUCUCGACAUGGGUGGUGUGUCGACCCAGAUAGCAUAUGAAGUCCCUAAAACUGUAAGCUUUGCCUCUUCACAGCAGGAGGAAGUAGCCAAAAACUUACUUGCAGAGUUCAAUUUGGGCUGUGAUGCUCAUCAGACCGAGCACGUGUACAGAGUGUACGUAGCGACGUUCCUUGGUUUUGGUGGGAAUGCAGCACGGCAGAGAUACGAGGACAGUAUAUUUACCAACACAAUGUUUAGAAACAGACUUCUGGGUAAACAGACUGGUAUGACUUCUGAGUCUCCCUACCUGGACCCUUGCCUGCCUCUAGAGGUUGAGGAUGAAAUCCGACAGAAUGGACAGACACUGUACAUGCGAGGGACUGGAGAUUUUAAUCUGUGUCGUGAAAUUAUUCAGCCUCUCAUGAAUAAGACCAAUGAAACCCAGACCUCUUUAAACGGCAUCUAUCAGCCUGCAGUGCACUUCCAGAACAGCGAGUUUUAUGGCUUCUCUGAGUUCUUCUACUGUACCGAAGAUGUAUUGCGUAUGGGGGGAGACUACAGUGCUGCUAAAUUUAUUAAAGCUGCAAAGGAUUAUUGUGCCACUAAGUGGUCUGUCCUGCAGGAACGGUUUGACCGUGGUCUUUAUGCAUCACAUGCUGAUCUUCAUAGAUUGAAGUAUCAGUGUUUUAAGUCUUCCUGGAUGUAUGAAGUGUUCCACAGUGGUUUCUCUUUUCCCAUCAACUACAGCAAUUUAAAAACUGCUCUGCAGGUUUAUGAUAAGGAAGUGCAAUGGACUUUGGGAGCCAUCCUUUACCGAACACGAUUUUUACCUUUAAGAGACAUCCAGCAAGAGAACUUCAGAGGAAAUCACUCCCACUGGAGGGGCUUCUCCUUUGUUUACAAUCACUACUUGUUCUUCGUCUGUUUUCUGAUUGUGCUGCUGUCCAUUGUGCUGUAUCUGCUGAGGCUGAGACGGAUUCACCGGAGAAUGCUGCGCAAUGGCUCAUCCGCUUCCCUCUGGCUUGAGGAAGGCCUCCCACCGCAGAAGAUUCCAGGAGCCUUAUGAAACACCAGGAUAAAGAGCCUCCUUAUUAGACUUUUUAAAGUACAAGCCAUUUUUUUUUACCUCAGGGUUUCUCCCUUUUAUCUUUUUUUCCCCCCCCCCGUCUGUCCUCCCCCCCCCCGCCCCCCCCCCCCCCCCCCCCAAAUCAUAUGAGGAAACCUCUCCCAGCAGUAUUGAACUCAGCAAGAGCUUUGGAAACAACUUAGAUUAUGGGAAAUCGAGGUCAGACUAUGCCGAAUGGACUAGAGAAUAUCUGCCAAAAAUGUUUUUUAAAAUUAAUUUAAAAAAGUAAAUGCACUUUCACGUUAAAGGGGAGGGGAAGUCAAGACUUGAUGCCAGUAAAUGAAUAAAUGGAGGCAGCUUAUGGUAACAGAAUGAUUGAUUUCUCUUUCUUCAGUAAAAUAUUGAAAUAUCACUUACUAGGUAGGAUGAGUGGAUAUAGCUGUGCAUAUUUUUGUUCAAGUCCAUGGUUGAUAUCACUCAGCUUCUAAACUCUCAGCCUCCUAAAUCAAGAAAAAGGAAGUGUGGGGUCUUUUUAGAAGCAGUAACAAAUGGACCUGUUAAAAUGUGAAAAGCUGACAUCUUAAGUGUUGAGGUACUGCAACGGAAGAGAAACAUCUAUUGUGGCUACUGCUGUGUUUAUGCAAAACACAACUGAAAUCAUUGCUUCGUUUAGUCAUUAUAGGUUUCGCCUUGAUGUCUCAGAAGCAUAGUUUUAUGGUGGCAAAAGUGAUUUCUUUUUAAUCCUUCAUUUGACAGUGUUUCGUGAUGGUCCAGAGAUCUCCCUGAAACUCUCAUAAGCUUGAAAGGACUGGAAAAUGCACAGACUUCAGUUAGUGCACAUUGUCUUUAUUUUUGUUCUUUCCUGGUAUAACUUCUUACCUGUUAAUUUAUAUUUUAUUUAAAACAAUAUUAGUUUUACUUGAAAGCAAACUUGUUCAUGAUUAAAAGUGGCAUUUAUAUGAA